AAGAAAUUUUUGUUAUUAAAAUAAUAAAUACCCCGAUUUAUAAAUAAAAAAUAACAUAUUUAACAUGAAUCUUUUGCCAAAAUCUCAUGAAGAAUUCGCACAAACGGAUUAUUGGAAUGCUUUCUUCAAGAAGCGCGGAGAAAAGGCCUUUGAAUGGUAUGGCGAGUAUUUGGAAUUAUGUGAACAAAUACACAAGUAUGUUAAGAACAAUGAUAAAAUUCUCAUGCUAGGUUGUGGUAAUUCCAAGCUAAGUAUGGAUAUGUACGAUUCAGGAUUCAGAGGUAUUGUCAAUAUUGAUAUCUCGGCAGUGGCCAUUAAGAAAAUGCAGGAAAUCAACAGUCGUACUCGAGCCGACAUGAAAUUCUUGCAAAUGGAUGCUACACAGAUGUCGUUUGAGGAUGAACAAUUUUCGGUGGCUUUGGAUAAAGGUACUUUAGAUGCUUUGUUUGUUGAUGAUACGCAGGACGUAAAAGAAACAGUGGAAAAGUAUUUUAAAGAAAUUAGCAGAGUUUUAAGAACGGGUGGUCGUUAUAUAUGUAUUUCUUUGCUGCAAGAACAUAUUUUGAAAUAUGUUAUUGAAUAUUUUCCUAAAAACUCCUUUAUGCUGCGUAUUGUUCACUGUUUGGAUGCGGAGAAAGCUAAUCAAGAGAAAAAUUCAGAUAAUCCAGAUGCUGUUUCAAUGCCAGUUUUUGCUUUGGUUGCUACCAAGUUUAAAGCCCUACCCAUGCCGAUUUUAGAAUUCAGUUCAAGUAGUGAUAAAAUUCAACGUUUAACAUCCACACAAGAAUUGGAAAAUGCUGUAGCAUCUGUACAACGUGCUGCCCUAGUAUGCAAUGGUUUGGCGCGCAGUAAUAUAGCUGGUCAUAAUGAAGUUACAAUGGAAUUAUGUAAGCCAGGCGAAACAAAUCCACGUUAUACUAUACACAUAUUAGAUCAACCACCAACAAGAGGUUUUGGAAAAUAUGCUGCAUUUAUUGUGCCUCAAGGAAGAGAAAUUGAAUGGCUGUUUGCUACCACAGAAGGCCGUAAAAAGCUUCAGGCAUCAGCUAAAUUCCAACGUAUGGCCGUCGUAACAUUACACAGAGAUCAAGUGUAUGAGUCUUUAGAUGCAGUCAAAUCGGAAUUGUCGGAUAAUGUUAAAAGUUUAGCUCCGUUGGGCUUAAAAGAGCAGAUACCUUUCCUAUCACUUGGUUCAGACGUGGGUAAACGUGAGACUUUAGUUUGUGGAUUUUCUAAAUUAUCUGGAGAUUUUCGCGUAGAAGAAAUUGCAGAUGCUGAUGGAAAACUUUUACGACGAUUAGUAUUUUUAAAUAAUCAAUUUGUAAUACAGUCAGAAGCACUGGUUAAAACGAUAAAAUCAAAAGAUGCAAAUAAAUUUGACCGCAAAAAAAUAGAUUUUGGUUAUUUGGCGUGUCAACAUCAUUUGUACAUGUCGGUGGGUGUACAAAUGGCUACCGCGGGUCCUAAACAAAAUAAUGAACUUAAAAAUGUUUUAGUUGUGGGUUUGGGUGGCGGAGGUUUAUGUAGCUUUUUACAUGCAGCAUUGCCAAAUGUAUGUGUUACCGCAGUCGAAAUAGAUCCCAUUAUGUUGGAAGUGGCCGAACAACACUUUGAACUUAAACAAGAUAAACGACUACAUGUGGUUAUUGAUGAUGGUUUAGUUUUUCUAGAAACUUGCAAAAAUGAAGGUCGUAACUUCGAUGCUGUUUUAUUUGAUGUUGACAGCAAAGAUUUAUCAUUAGGCAUGAGUUGUCCACCACCUACAUUCUUAGCCGAUACAGUUUUAGCGAAUAUCAAAAGCAUUAUCGGUGAUAGGGGAGUAUUUAUUCUUAAUUUAGUUUGUCGCGAUGAAGCAUUACGUGCCAAUGCUCUUGAAUCCCUUAAGAAAGUUUUCCCCUCGUUGUGCACCUAUAAACUUGAUGAGGACAUAAACGAAGUUGUUUAUUGCACGAAUAAUGAAAAAUUAACAAAUCUUAAAAACUGGAAAAAAUACUUGAGCUCAUCGGGUCGAAAUUUAAAUGCUGCUGUGAAGACCUCAAAACUAAACCAUGAGGAUAUGUUGGAUGUGACUGAUUUUAUGAAUGAUUUGAAAUUGUAAAAUAAAAAAAUGGUAAUUUUAUUCAUAAUAAAUUGUAGUAAAGUUUAAAAGAAUUUAUUUUUUUAGUUAAAAUGUUUUAAAACUUAUACAUAAUUGUAAAUGGAUAAAUAAAUAUUUAUCAGUGCUUCCAAA